GGAUGGUAUCCAGUGUAUGUUUUGGUCGUGCUCCUUUUGACGUACCUUCUUAAUCAAUUAGAUCGCUAUGCGAUCGGUGUAACGUCAAUGUAUAUUGCACAGGAUAUGCAUUGGGGAGAUAAAGACUGCUUAUUGAAUAUGUCGUAUAGUAUCGCAGAAGUUGGAAACACGUCGUGUACAAUUAACAGAACGCUCCCUGUUGCAGAAGCAGAAGCGAUUGGUUACCGCGUUUGCAAAUACGACUUUAACGGACAAGGAGAAUUGUAUCAACUCCUAGCUGGACCAGUUUUUAUAGUAAUUUACACUAUUUCUGGAAUUCCUCUUGGAAUUGCGGCUGAUGUAACUAGCCGGCGAAACCUAUUGGCGAUUUGUUUACUUUUUUGGAGUGUGAUGACCUUCCUAACAGGAUUUUCGAAACAUUAUUGGCAACUUCUUUUAUUAAGAUUCGGUGUAGGAAUCGGUGAAGCAGGCUGUACACCAUUCGCUACAAGCCUAAUUGCCGAUUAUUUUCCUGUGAAUUUACGUGCUUCUGCCAUUGGUAUUUAUAACUGGGGGAUUUAUACUGGCUACGGUAUAUCAUAUGCAUUGGGCGAUUUUGUUGUUAGAGCAAAUAUCAUAAAUCAAGGAUGGAGAUGGGUUUACUGGCUGGCCUCUAUCCCUGGUGUUUUGAUAUUCUUAUUGCUUAUAUUUACCGUCAAAGAGCCGGCUAGGCGAAACGAAAUUAGCGACAGCCCAAGAUUUACAUAUUGCGUUAAUACUUAUACAUGCGGUUAUUUGUUUGUAGCAUUACAACCGUUCGCAGAUCGAACGCUGCUGAUGCUCAUCCUUGCUGGCUCAGUUAGAAAUGCUGGGGGAUAUGUAUGGGCAUACAAUACGAAGCCAUAUUUCAACAAGUACUACCCGCGUGUUGUAGUCGCAGACUUUCUAACUUGGAUUCCUUUAAUUGGUGGUUCUGCAGGAGCAUUUUUUGGUGGAUUCAUUUCUGAUCGGUUGGUCGGUUCUCGGGGACUUAGCGCACGUCUGUGGGUUCUAAUUAUGAGCCAGGCUGUAGCUUCACCAUUCGCUCUCUUAACUCUACUUUUACCGCCUCCCUGGGCUUUUAUUGCCCUUAUACCUAGUAAUAUUAUUGGUGAAAUGUGGAUUGGCGUUACCCUAGCAGUUAUAGUUGAGGUGGUGCCAAGUAAUAUUCGUACGGUAGCAGUAGCCAUUUACCUUUUCAUCAUUACUAAUAUUGGUGGACUAAUGCCCUUACUGAUUCCCCCUAUUGCUACAAGCACAAGUUUGAGGACGGCUCUGAUACUACUAUUUCCAGGGCUCUAUCUGCUCAGCUCUGGGUUAUUUUUUAUUACC